GCAUUUAUUCGUUUCCUUUUCGCUCUGUCAGCUGGCCGCCUGUCAGUUGAGCGGAGUGACAGUUGUCAGCUAAUUUUGUCAGUAAAAUCGAUCGGUGUGCAGUGUGAAAUUCUAAUAAUAUUUAUCUAAGAAUCAAUUAAACAAAGACUAAAAAUGUCUAAAGUUAGUACAAAUACUGGUGAUAACACUCAAGAUGAGAAAAUCUUGAUGCCAUACACAUACAUCCAGCAAGUACCAGGCAAGCAGAUAAGGCAGAAGCUUGCGUCUGCCUUCAACUACUGGCUCAAAAUCUCUGAUGAGAAGCUCCGGGCCGUGGGAGAGAUUGUGCAGAUGCUCCACAACUCUAGCUUACUCAGCAAACACAGGAUGCCCCCAGCCCCGCAGGACACGAUCGAAAUUACUUAUUUUAACGCGAUUGACGACAUUCAAGACAACUCGAUCCUUCGUCGUGGUAUUCCAGUGGCUCACUCCAUCUAUGGCGUGGCGAGCACCAUCAAUGCUGCCAACUACACCAUGAUCGUUGCGCUGGAAAAGACGCAGGAGUUGGGUCAUCCCAUGGCGACGCGAGUGUACACGGAACAAUUGCUAGAGUUGCACAGAGGACAAGGCAUCGAGAUCUACUGGCGCGACAACUUCCAGUGCCCCUCCGAGGAGGAGUACAAGGAGAUGACCAUCAAAAAAACGGGUGGCCUCUUCAUGUUAGCCAUCCGUCUGAUGCAGCUGUUCAGCGAGAACAAGUCGGACUUCAGCAAGCUGUCCGCCAUCCUCGGCCUCUACUUCCAGAUCAGAGAUGAUUACUGCAACCUCAGGCUGCAAGAGUACACAGAGAACAAGAGUUACUGCGAGGACCUGACGGAGGGCAAGUUCAGCUUCCCCAUCAUCCACGCCAUCCGCAACCCCGAGGGCGACAAGCAAGUGCUGCAUAUCCUCCGUCAAAGGACGCGUGACUUGGAGGUGAAGCGCUACUGCAUCACCAUACUGGAGCGCAUCGGCAGCUUCGCGUAUACUCGCGAGACGUUACAGAGCUUGGAUGAAGAGGCUAGGAGAGAGGUAGCCCGACUCGGAGGCAACCCCCACUUAGAGGCACUCCUGGACGACCUCCUCAGUUGGCGACGAGACAAACCCCUCGAAAACAACGUAUAAACUAUUCAGGUGGUCUGAACGUAACUGGGAAGUGAGGCAUCAAACAUUAUAGCGGUUAAACUAUAGGGGGAUCGGGAAAGCUGCAAUAUAAAAAGAAAAAAAAACAUCAAGGUCAUUUUUAAAAAAUAAUGCUCAGUUACAAACGGACAAACGGACGUUUGUCGUAUGUGGCUUAUGUUAAAAAUCUACCGUCAGUAAGUGUAACAAAUCGUUUGUUGUCUAUAGGAACUGGGCAUAAUUCUUGUCAAGGUUGCCAGCCUUAAUGGGAUAUGGGAAAAGCCUUCCUAGUUACGUGGACGAGUAAAUGGAAAUAUUAGGUUCAAUUUUAGUACGAAAGACAAUUCGUUUUUGAUUUUCAUUACGGUUUCAAAAUUAUACGAUAUUAUGUAAUUUUUGCUGUCAGCAAGGACUUUAAUGAUCUUGAACUUUUUAGGAAAAAAAAAUAACAACUUAAGUGCUGCUGACUGUAUAAACAAAAUAUGAAUGUUAAAUAAUUAUUGUGAUUAAUUUUGUUAAAUAAAUGACCUUUUGGCAAAUAGUUUUGUUAUGCUAAUUUCAGUAUUAUUACGCCGUAAUGAAAGUAAAAACCCUAAUGAUUUAAAUUAUUUUGUACAUUUUAUUUUAUUGUAUAGAUAGAAUAAAAGUUCUUUUUUUAUUAUCACUGGUUAAAUGAAACAACGAUGUUAUGGCGAUAUUUUAUGUGUACAUAAUAAUUAAUUAUUAUUAUAUUUUAUAUUCAGUCAUGAUUAUGCAUUUUACAUUCCGUUAAUUAGAUGGUGGAAGUUGUAUAAGUAGAAAUUGCAAUUAAAAGACAUGUGUCUCAAUAAUUUGUAUCUUAAGAUCUUUUUAAUGUCUCAAAUCAAUAUCAAUGUUGUGUUCAGUACUUUUUAUAUGUCUAUGGUUGCUGUAGCUAAAAUAACCUUGCAGUGGUACGUCAUCAUUAUAAUAUAGGGAAGAUGGAUUAUUUUCAAAAAGUGUAAAAAAGUAUUAUUAUCAAAAAAAUGGGAGUAUAAAAAAGGCCACUGUCCAACUUUAGUUGAAUGGCUGUUUUUUUAAUAUGCUCUAUGGCCAUACGAUCUAACUGCCAUCUAUAGUCAUUUGAUUGUGAAAUGUUUUUUUGCUUUGUAACAUAAUGGCGUAAUGCUUACUUAAAUCGCUUUGUACUUACGCACUAAUGCUUAAAUGAAACAAGCUUGGUUAUUUUUCUAUUUUAAAUAAAACUAUUGUUAUGGAUUUUA